GUUCUUGAUGUGAUGGGGAAAAAAUUGUUGAAAAAUAAGAAAGUAACAACAGAAACCUGUAUAGAAAAAUGUUUGUCUCAUAAAAAUUGUUUAUCAUUUGAAAUGACAAAAAGUGGAAAAUGUUACUUAUCAAAGGAAACUGCAGCUACCUCCGAGAAAUUAAAGUCAGCCAAAGACAGAGAUUACUACCAACGAAUAAAACCCGAUGAUAAGCAAAUUACGCUCAAAGAAGUUAGCAUACCAGGCAAGGAUAUUUUAGGACUACAUAAGAAAAUGGAUUUAAAGAAGUGUAAUGAAAGUUGCCAGCGAUAUCCAGAAUGUAACUCUUAUCAGUACAAUGAGAAAGAUAAGAUGUGUAAGUUGACAAAGGCGACUCACUUGACACAUGAACUUAAAAUCAGCAAGGGAAUUUGGGAUACUUACUUCCUUAAUCUAGAUUACUUAGAAAUUAACUGCGGACCUCCAAAUGAUGUUACUGGUUCAGUGAAGUCCUACAAUUCCACCACCUAUAAAUCUGAAGUGAACUAUACUUGCCCAGAAGGAGAAAAAUUAAAUUCAGUAUGUGAAAAGGACAACAAAUGGACUCCUGUAGCAUCUGUUUGUAAAGCUUAUGCACACAUUAACUGUGGAAAUCCAAAAGAUGUUGCUAGUGCAUUGAAGUCCUACACUACCACCACCUAUAAAUCUGAAGUGACCUAUACUUGCCCAAAGGGAGAAAAACUAAAGUCAACAUGUGAAAAGGACAACAAAUGGACUCCAGUAGCUUCUGCUUGUAAAGAUAUUAAGAUCCAUUUUAUGAAAAUAAAAAAUGCAGUUCUGGAUGUAGUUGGAAAAAUAAUAUUAAGUGGUAAAAAUAUAACAGAAGAUGACUGUGCAGAAAAAUGUUUGUCUGACGAAAAGUGUUUAUCAUUUGAAAUAAGUAAAAAAGGUGGAAAAUGUUACUUAUCAAAGCAAACUGCAGCUUCUUCCAAGAAAAUGAAGUUAGACAAAGACAGAGAUUACUACCAACGAGUAAAAUCCACUGGGGAGCCAGUUACAGUUAAAAAAGUUAACCUACAGAAGGCGGAUACUUUGGGACGGGUUAAGAAUAAAACCUUAAAGGAGUGCAACAAAACUUGCCAGGAAUAUCCAGGAUGUAAUUCUUUUCAGUACAAUGAAGAAGCAAAGUUAUGUGAUCUGAGCAAUGUAACUCAGUUGACUGAUAAACUUCAGCCCAACGAUGGAAGUUGGGAUAUAUUCGUGCUUAACCCAACUUUUACGCAAGUUAACUGUGGAUCACCAAAAAGUGUUAUCAAUGCUAAGAAGUUCUAUAAAACCAUCACCUAUAAAUCUGAAGUAACCUAUAUUUGUCCAGGGGGAGAAAAAUUCAAAGCAACAUGUAAAGACAAUAAUAAAUGGGAUCCAAUAAUACCCUCUUGUAAAGCUUCUCAGAUUCAUUUUGUGAAAAUACAAGAUGCAAUUCUGGAUGUACCUGGGAAAACAUUGGCAGACAAGAAAAAUGUAACAGCAAAUGACUGCGCAAAACAGUGUUUGUCUGACAAAACUUGUUUAUCAUUCGAAAUAAAUAAGCAAAGUGGAAAAUGCUACUUUUCAAAAGAAAAUACAGCUACCUCUAAGAAAAUCAAAACAACGAAAAGCAGAGAUUACUACCAACGAAUAAAAUCUGAUGAUGAGCUUCUUAUAUUUAAAAGAACUUCCAUACCAGGGCAGGAUACUUUUGGCCGGCUGAAAAAUAUAGAGUUAAAGGAAUGUCAUCGUGUUUGUCAUCAAAAUCCAGGAUGUAAAUCUUAUGAGUACAAUGACAGAACAAAAUCCUGUGAUCAAAGUAAUGCGACUCACUUGACUCAAAACCUUCAGCCUAACAAAGAGGGUUGGGAUACUUACAUCAUUAACCCAGCUUCACCUACUGCAGAAGUUAACUGUGGACCUCCAAAAGACAUUGAUGAUGCAACAAAGUCCUACAAAACCACCACCUACAAAUCAGAGGUGACCUAUACUUGUCCAUUAGGAGAAAAGCUAGUAUCAAUAUGUGAAAACAGCAGUAAAUGGAGUUCAGUAGAGACUCCUUGUGAAGAUAUUCAGAAUCAUUUUGCGACAGUAAAAGAGGCAAUUCUGGAUGUAAAAGGGAAAAUAUUGUGGAAUAAGAAAAAUGUAACAAAAGAAGCUUGCUUAGAAAAAUGUUGGUCUGACAAAAAUUGUUUAUCAUUUGAAAUAAAUAAAGAAAAUGGGGAUUGUUACUUAUCAAAGAAAACUGCAGCUACCUCCAUGAAAUUAAAGGCAGCCGAAGACAGAGAUUACUACCAACGAGUAAAAUUUCAUGAAGACUUUAUUGUAUUUAAAAAAGCUCGCAUACCAAAACGUGAUCAAUUCCAACGGCUUGAAGAUGUAACUGUAAAAGAGUGUAAAAAAUCUUGCAAGAAACAUGCAGAUUGUACUUCCUUUCAGUACAAAAAGAAUUCUAAAGUCUGUAGUUUGAGUAAUGUGACUCACUUGACUCUUCAGAUUAAACCUGACAAUAAAGAUUCGGAUAUUUACAUUACUAGCGCAGAACCUACUUCAUGCAAAGAAAUGAAAAAGUGUGGCAAAAAUGUAACUGAUGGAGAAUACUGGAUCUACCCCUCUGUUCUUAAUCAUAAAAGAUUAAAGGUUUACUGUUACAAUAUGAAAACAGAUACUCCAAAAGAAUAUAUCACCUUACCACAUGAAAAUUUUGCAUCUUUAUCAACAUUGAAACCACUCAAGAUAUGUGCGAAACUCUUUAACAAUAGAAUAGACAGACCAGGGAAAAUUGUAUUUCGGAAAGUUCGAAUUUUCCCACAGGAUAUGAGUGUUGACAGACAUGAUUUAACAUUCUCAAAUCGAGGAAAUGGCAAAAUAAAAAGCAGACAAGGUUUCGGUGAUGCUGGAGAUUGUUUGUAUAAGAAAAAAGCUUACUGUUUCAGUAAAGGUUCAAUGAUUGUAAACCUGCAAAACACUGGCCUAGUCGUUGGAGAUAUGGUUAAAUGGGAAACAUAUGGGGUACAGACACGCAUAAACAGUUUAAUGUACUCUGUAAAUAGGCAAGUAGUGACAGCUUCAUGUGAAGGAAAAUGUGGUGGAUGUAAACCUAAUAAGUUUAUAGUGCAACUUAGUUCAGAUGAGCCUUCAAGUAAUGGUGUGAAAAGCUGCGCAAGCCUGAGACGAAUACAAUGCUCCCAGUCUGAAGAUGAAUGUUGAAACGAAACAAAUUUUAAAACAUAAUGUCUUGUGAAAUAUGAAAUAAACAGUGAUGUUGCAUGAUAUGAAAAAUGCAAUCGGACAAUAUUUUUUGAAA